AUGAGAACAAACAACGCUGCGGAAGCUUAUCAUCGUCGAAUCGGCUCGGUUUUUCAGUGUUCACAUCCAACACUUUGGUCCUUCCUAGAGAAGCUAAUUGAAGAAGAAAAUGCGACACAUAUGGACAUUUUACACAUUAAUGCUGGUCAAGCGCUCAAAUUGGAAAGUAAAAGAAACGAACGUUUUGAAAAACGUUUGUUAAGUAUUAUCUCUAACCCGCAUGCAGAUGUUUUAAAACAACUUGAUUCUAUCGCACGUAAUAUAUCAUUGUAA